AUUGAGAACUAAGAGCCACCACAAAACCAUCAUCUCAUUUUCAUCAUAUGGCACUGUCUCUCUCAUCAUCUGCGCCAACGCUUCCAUGCUUAACUCCUCGUAACAGUCCUUCAUUAAUCUUGCAAUUCAAGCACUACUCAAACCCUAAUAUUCGAGCCCACAACAUCAGACUAACUACCAAGUGUGAAUUCAAAGAGUCAUCAUCGGCAGCAGCAGAUGGGAGUAAUGGUAAUGGGUUGUCCACCAAAGGCUCUAAACUGCUCCAAAUUGGGUCCCCAAUCAUCGUCAUUGAAGCUCCCAAAAUGUUGAAAACUGCUGCUUCUGUUCCCUGUCUCAGAGUCAAUUCUGGGUUAGUCAAGCCUGGUGACGUUGGAAGAAUUGUGUCAAGAAAGCCGAAGGAUGUGUGGGCAGUUCGUCUGACAAUUGGGACUUACCUCAUUGAUGGAAAAUAUUUCAAGCCCUUGGAAGUGGAUGAGUAACAAAUUGAAUUUUGACUAAGAAAGAAGAUUGCAAGAAGACCAUACUAUUAGAUAUGAACUAGGAAAUGUGUUGUGAGUGUUAUAUUGACAAAGUGGAUAUGAUGUUGUUUGAUAAAACUAAAAAUUAACUGAAAAUUUUGAAAGUUUGUUGAAGUUUUUAAGUGAUAAUUAAAAAAUAAAUAUUUUUUGAUA